CUUAGCACUAUCUCUAAGGUGAGCAGCUGCAAAGCCACCAUCAAGCUGAGGUCAAUUUGGACAUCAUUCUCAAGAUUGGGACUUUUACCCUCCACCACAUUCCAUGGAAGAGCCACCUCCACAAAACACAUCAAAGAAAUGCAAGUUCCUCAUGGUUUCAACGCUCAAAGAUGCCUUCUCCAUCUGUCGAUCUUGCGGCGGCCACAUAAGCCCUCUCAAGCAGCAGCAGGAUGAGGAUCAUGUUCCCAACACAACAACUGGACUGAAAAAUUAUGAACAGGAAGUUGUCGUGUCAACAAUUAGGAGCAGAGCGAUGGAGAAGUCGAAGCAGAAGGUGUUUGUGAUCACAGAUAGCUUUUCAGGGGACCUGUUCUUUAGUCCUGAGAAGCAGAAGGAUAGAGAAGUUGAUAAGGAGGAAGAUUUCUACUCAGUUGGGAGCUGUCUUUCGCGUUGCUCGAGCAGUUUGAGCAAGGGGGGCGAAGAGUUCUUCUCAGUGAAGACAAACUUGUCCAGGUGUUCGAGCUUGAGUCAGGUGGAGUACCCAAGUAUUCACAGGUGCGGUUCGAUAUUGCAGGAGCUCUGCCACUGCGAAGGGUGGCCGUUUGGUCUCUGCAGGAAGGCUGUUUUGCUCCCACCUUUGCCUAAGUCUCCAUCUGAGUCCUGGCUAUGGCAGAAAGGUACUAGAUCAGCCAGGCGGCCUUGAGUUCUUGCAGCUUGCAAUAAAGACAAAAACUUAGAAACAACUUUAGAAUAAGAUAGACUGUUGCGGAAGGAUGCAAAGUUUAUUGUUCUGUCAUGUUGUCAUGUGUAUUCCCAUGUAUCAGAUUCUAGAUUGGAAAUCAAAAGUGCAGUCCUUAAUCCAUAAGGAGAUUCACAUUAAGCCUGAGUUCAUAUAGAACCAUCCUUCUAAACAUGGGUUCUGUAAGAACAUCAAUUUUCUACUUCAUCAAGAUAGUUUUUCUAUGAUCUACCAAAGGAUGGGGAAACUUACGGACUACAAAUCCUUUCUUUUUCAUUAUUUUUAUAAUCGGUCCUUUUUCAACUUAGAUGAUAUUAGGUUAACACAAACACAAGGAAAGUAAGUUGCCGGCCGUAUUUGCACAAAGAAACCUUUACUUCCAGUGAAAUAAAGCUAAAUGGAAUUG